AAACUAUCCAAUUGCAAGCUCAGUCAUAAUGCAGCGCUUGCUCUGUGACACACGUAUAAGUUUGCGCAUGCCCCAAUAUCCAGAAAACACUUUAAACUUAUAAUUUAGGAGCGAAAUAGUGUUUAAGAAAACAAGAAAUAUUUUUAAAGCCAAUAGAUGUUUUCAUGUGUAGUGUUUUGAAGAAGUUCUUACGCAUGUCUUGUUUUGCCAAGUUAUUAUGAGAUACACUGGAAAUAUGUUAAUCGCAAUUGAAAGGAUGACUACUCGUGUCAGAUGGUCUAUGCUUCGUCAUUUUUCAACUGUUACGGACACAGCAAAUAUUAUCACAAGCGAUAUUCCCAUUGCAGCAAAUGAGGAUUAUACAGGCAUACGAAGGGAAAAUCUGAAAUCUCUGAAUGUUGCAGUUUUGGGUAUGCCAAAUGCUGGGAAAAGCACUCUUGUAAAUCAGCUGGUUUGCAGGCCGAUAUGUCCAACUUCGAAAAAGGUACAUACGACCAGAGUGAAGGCAAGUGCAAUUUAUUGUGAGGAUGAUACUCAGUUAGUGUUUAUGGAUACACCUGGGUUAGUCACUAAACAAGAGAAAAAUAGAUAUACUCUUGAAGAAAGUUUUAUAAAGGACCCAAGGAUGGCAUUAAUCAAUGCUGAUGUCGUCGGAGUAAUCCAGGAUGUAUCCAAUAUUUAUACCAGGGAUAAGAUUAACAAGAAAAUUCUGGAAAUACUGAAUGAUACAUCUAGUACAAUACCAUCGUUGCUUAUUCUAAAUAAAGUGGAUACUGUAAAAAAGAAACAGAUGCUAUUGGAAUUGACUAAGGCAUUGAUAAGUAAAGAUGGCUGGCCAAAUUUUUCUGACGUCUUCAUGGUGUCUGCUCUCACUGGAGAUGGAAUAAAUGAUCUGAGGGAGUAUCUUCUUGCAUCUGCUAAAAGUAGGGACUGGAAAUACGAUCCGGAAACUUUCAGUGAUCAACCACCUGAGAAAAUACUAGAACGAGUAGUUCAAUCAAAAUUACUAGAUACUCUUCCAAAAGAAUUGCCGUACCAGAUGAAAUUGGAAAUUGAACACUUUGACUAUUGUGAUGACGGUAGUAUCUCUGCACUUGUUAUAAUUUAUGUUGCUUCAAAACGAAUUUCAUCUUUACUAGUAGGCAGCCGUGGGGGGCGUAUUAGGGAAAUAGCUGUGCAAGCAGAACAGCAGUUAUGCAAUGCAUUUCAAAGAUCAGUAAGAUUGAGACUAUAUGCAAAAGUAAAAACAGCAUUGGAAUAGAGUAGACCUAUCAUAGUAAUUGACAAGUAUGUAAAAUAAGAUAUUUGUACAGAUAACAUAAAUUUUUUAUUUUUAAUGUAUUACAGUUGUUUUGAUAAUAUUGAUUUUAUAAGCAAUUAUUAAAUAUUAUCAAGUGUAAAUUGCAAUGCAAUUAAAUAAUCAGUCA